CACACACGCCACGCCGUGCCACGCCACACCAUACUCCAGACACAAUAGACUCUAUCCCCUCACACGAACUCAUCGGAUCUCUCACUACGGUUACGUGAAACCCCGGAUCUUCAUCAACCUUCACAACUCCUGCCCGCCGCAAAUUCUCUUCUGAGUUCUGAUGACCCGGAGCAGACCUCUUCCUGUCUCCACCGAGUCAUGUCGGUCGUGUAUCUUGUCGGCGGAUACUGCCUCAAGGGUCCAACUGACCGCAGGACAGGAUGCCGGGUGUCAUUGAGUGCAAUCCGUGAUUUGCAUCUUUGCCAUCCCAUCCUCGUCAUCGGUUGAUGCGGGAGAUGUCAGGAUUGACGAACGCAUCACGGCUGGAAAGAGACCUGCCACCCUCCCCACUCCAUCGUUCAUGAUGGCCAGAGGACGAGAGUACUCCCCGAGAAGCCUCUCUCACCGAUCUCUUGAAACCAAUACGCCUUGGACCGCUUCCGAGUGAAGGAUCGUCCGCUAACCACACCGUCGCGUGGCCAGCGUUUGUCCAAACGAGCGACGCUCACAUGGGCAGACGGACACUUCCAAGUUCCAACCGACGCGCCGCCGCUCCCUCCUCUGCCGGCCCCUCGGCCUUCCGAUUCCGUGGCUGAUCACGCUGGGUCUCGUUGGAGCCCACGUCCUUCCCAACUGCCCGGAACUGCACCCAUCCGAGCUGUGGCUGCAGCCGAGCGCCUGGCUUCUCUCCCUCCCGAACGCACCAAGGACCGGCCGCGCCCUGUCAACGUUGGGUGUUGGAUGCCACUCUCCAUCCCGUGCGUCCGUCCCACUUGACCCAUACGACUCGGCUCUUCGUUUCCAAGCCAUGGUCUAUCCCUCUGCCUCUCUCACUCGUCCACGCCGCCCCGAACUGUAAUUCACCGCCCGUUCUACGAACAGCGUACAGGUACGUUGGAUGCUCGACAAAACCCAUGUACACUACGCAUCCCUCCCAUGCGGGCACGCGCCGUCAUCCCAGAUAUCUCGUCGACGCAGCCCACCGUUCACACUGUCUCCCCCCCCAUUAUCGCACCUCUAUCCGCUCCAACCCCGGUUGCUGCCCGUCCCAGAAAACCUGGACAUCUCGGGAGAACCCUGCUAGAUCACACCGGCUGCUGAACGGAACGUCGUCACGCCCAAAGCCCUGACCACUCCACUCAGCAUAGUUUCGUCGGCACCUUGGCCGUCUACAGGUAUUACUGAUCGCUACGGCUCCCGGUGUUGAAAAAGGUUGGGCCUUAACUCUCCAAAGGAACCUCCAGGAUCGACCGCUGGGAUACGACCUAAUCGCAGCCUGAUGUUUCACUCUCUCCUUCCCUUUCGCAGCUCUCCCUCGAGAGCUCUUAUAUCAUGGUCACUCUGCCCCCUUCGUUCUGGCCAUGUCCAGACCUGAGGGAGGUUGCUCUUCUGUCGUCCGAGAGCCUUUCAUCCUGGUACACCAUGCCGCUCUCAACCUAUCUCGUUCAAGCGUUCAUCGCGGCCUUUGUGGUCCUCUUCGGAGUCCAGAUGCAGACGGCCGCCGCCCAGGCAACGCCGUUCACAUGCGUCACCGCCGACCAGCCGAAUCCCAUCUUCAGCCAGUACCCGAACAACGCGACGGGUCUCUUGAACGUCACCAUGGCCAUCAUUCCGAUUUCCAUGACGACGGCGCGCCAAAUCAUUCCUCAGCAGUACGGAAUCCUCGAAGGCGCCUUCCGAGCCCUCAUGCCCGACUUCCCCGCCGGAAUGUACCCUGUUAUCGUCCAGGCCGGCCAUGACCACGACAUCCGGUUUCAGGACUUUCAGAUCCCCGACUUCAGUAGAGCUGGCUUCGAGUUCCCUUUCUUGGACCUCCUGGGCGACGGCGCAUCCUCUUUCCGAUGGGCGCCCGAGCAAUUGAUCUCGGCCACCAACGCCGCGGCGAUCACCGGCUCUGAGGCGUACGGAACGAAAGUCCACGCUGCUACCUUUGGUCCAGAAUGCGACGCUUACGGGGCUCUUCCUCAAGGCGGCGGCAACUACUUCAACGGCUCGGCCGGCGACAAGUACGUCUCGCUCGAGAUGAAGAAGUCGUGCGAGGGUCAGGCCUCCCCGUACUCGCUUGGCAUGUUUGACAGCAUCAUCAACCAGCCGAUCUUCGCCAACGGCUCGACCUGUGACCAGCAAAUCCGAUUCUUCAACACCACCGUGACGAAGGGUGCCUUCGAGCCGGUCGCCGUGCGUGGAACGGUCAAGUCUAGCAUAGGACCAUUCGGGACGGAGGCAUCCUUUACCGACGUGGCGGGCUUCCAGGCGGCCACAGCCUUUAUUGAAAACAACUACCUCCCAUGCGAAAUGUUUAGAGGCUACGUGCCUGUCAAGACGACAUGAUACCCCGACUGUUUAUCCAGUCAUUGAUAUUUUUCUUCUCGGCGUUUGUAGACCGGCCUGAGCCGAUGAGAGGCUCUCUCUCACGACCUGAUGACGGCAUAAUGUACAUAUUUAACAAUGGAACGGGCUUGCAUGCACGGCCCCGAUAAUAUACACACAAGGCGUGCCGGUUGGCAACGCAAUCUACAUUCACCCCAAGGCUGUGAUUCGCUUUAAACUCAUGAUGUUUUUCUAUGA